AAGCCCAUCGAAUCGCGAAUUGGCCCCCUAUUAGCUAAGCAGCAAUGACCCGGUUUGUAUUUGCACGCUCUGCUUUUCUUACUCCUAUCUUUAGGGUCCUUGUAAUGCUUUGCUGACUAUCUCUCUUUUCUUUCUCUGUCUCUCUGUUUGCUAUCACAAUCUACAUAUUUUCUCUCUUUUUUCUCAAUCACCAAUUCUCUCUUGCUCCCUCCCUUUUACACAGUGAUUCGGUGUACAGUACCCUCUGUCAUUCUGUGCUGGCAUGGUGCUUGUGCAACUGGGACUGCAUUUUUUGCUGAAGAGGCACAUCAAUAAUAGCGCAGGCAUCUUUUUUUUUUUCUUCUGUCCUUCCCUGUUUCCACCCCCUUCAUCUACUGUCUCUCUAGCACCGUGGUGAGCAGGUCCGAAAUCCUCACACCCCCACAGUAACGUGGCUCCACCGAGCAAAGUUGAGGCUUUACCUCAUUGGCUAACCAAAUAAAAAAAAAAAAAAUUCUAGUCUUGUAUAACCAUUAAAGUCUAACAAACAUAUGUUGCACUUAAAUCUAAAUAUAUCUAUAUAUCUAAAAAUGUUUUUUGUAUUAAACAACAAAAUAAUUAAAGCAAGUGAACAAAGUAUUAGACAAAUUAGGCUUAGAAUAAUAAUAUUAGUCUUUCUGCUCACUGUAACAUGGUCGCAAUGUUUGAAGACACCCUUCAUUUUUGUUAAAUUGUCAAUUUGAAUUGUCAAGUGUUACUGACAAUAAUUUUCCAGAUGUGGAGGGUGAAAAAGAUGGACAAAAGCCGCCUGCUCACCUGGUCUGAGUGGCUCUUCUCUCACUCCUGCGCUAUUAUUUAUGGAGGGGCCCUGGGGGCCAUGCUAGAGCAUCACACAGAUCUUCAUAUAUCACUGUUAUUAGAUUUGGUGCAUCCACUUAUCAUAUGCUUCUUAAAAGUUCCAAAAAGUUCCAGUACAACAUUGCUAGUUAACGUUUAAUCGGCUUAAAGCCCUCAUAAAUAACUGCAACACUUAUCAACCUUUUUGAAUAAACAGUAAUACGAAUUUGCUAGGGACUGAUGGUCAAUGCUGCAGCCCAGUUUCUCAGAGCCCCUCCUUUGCCACCUGUGUCUAAACAAGAGGCAGCUAGAGGUCUGUGGUACGUUUUUGAGAUCUUUGUUCUCUUUUCUCUCCUUCCUUUCUGGUUUAGACUAUUUCUAACAUUGUUUUUGCAUUGCAUGUCUUAACUUGGUAGAUUCUAUAUACAGUUUUUUUCCCUCAAUACUGUCCCAAUGGUUACUAAAGUCCCACUUGCCCUCUCCAACUCAUUGUUCCCAUAUUUUUUUCCCCAAUCCAGUUCCCCAACCUAACCUCCUCCUCCCCUUACCUGAUCCCGAGCGAUAUGCAGUGGGCAGCCUCAGAGACACAAAAGCAUGCACUCUAAACAGCAGCAAUAAAAGGUCACAAGUUGAUUAAUAAAAACAUUAAUUAAUAACAUAUUAUUUAUUUAUAUAUAGUGUAGCUCAGAUAAUAAGUGCAGCUUUAACUGAACCCUCUCUGGUUUUCAGUUAGACUUCAGUUGCUCAUUACUAAGGUACGACUACUCAAAGGUAAAACCCAACACUUCUAAAUUCUAAGCCUUUUCAGCUGACACAUCAACUGCCGAUUGAGCACCAGUAAUCAGUAGAUGGAAUGUGUUCAAUGUUAAAAUUAAGGAUACCCUGGCGUUUCAAAACCAAGGUUUGACGAGGCAGCGUCUUUACUCAACCGAAAUAAUUUUUCACUCAAAGGUCUUCAGUUUUCAGGUGAGUACAAAUCUGCAAAUCUUAAAAAUAGUCAUCGUCUAAUCGACUUAAAUACCUUUCUGUCAUUUUUCAUCGAUCUGUGUUGUUGAAAAAAGGCCUGGUGCUUACACGAUGGAUCUUUGGAUGUUUGUAAAAAAACAUAUUUACUUUAAUUUAAUACUUCAAAAUAGAUUAAAUUAUGUACAGAUAAAUAUGUGAAGUGACCAAUAAUACCAUUCUUAGAUACCCUGAGGUCUGUAGGUGGGUUCCCUGCAUUUCCAUCCCUUCCAUAUGUUGUCAAGCACUGUGCAGAAACAGCACAAUGCACAUUUUUUGGUUCAUCACCCCUCCUGUAAGUCUUUUGUUUGGAUAAUAAUUUUUUUUUUAAUUUCUUCUUUCUACAUACUAACACUCCAUUGGUUUUUUGACAUGCCUACCUUUUCUGUUUGUAUACAGUGUUAUGUUUGUUUAAAGAAGAGAGAAGUUUGCAUUUUUUGAAAAGUAGAGAAGCUAGCAGAAUUGCAGUUGAAAGCGUUUGGCCGGUUUCUUACGUUGUGUCACGUGUGACUGUUUUUUUGACAGCCCAGUAUUUUAAAGCCAGGAUAACAUCGGCCACAAACUGCUACAGAAACAUGGCUGGAAGUCGGGACAAGGCCUUGGCAAGUCCAUGCAGGGUAAGGACUCAUUCGUCUAUAUGCCUAAGUUCACCAUGCUGGAAAUACUGGUCCACUGCUUUAUAUCAUUUUUUUACCUCCCUAAUAUUUUCAGGAUUUGUUUCGUUUGUGCAAUUUGUUUUUCCUCUUCCACAUCCACCCUUUGACCACUUCCUUUUUGUCUGUCCCGGGGUAAAGAUGCAUAAUAUGUAAAAUGAAGUAAUCCAAGCGAUGCUUGCUGCUCUUGUACUGUUGUUCUGGAGAUCUGAGGGCCUAGCAAAGAAUGAGCUUAAAUGAAGAAACUCCUGCGGCGUGGUAGAUUUCCAGAUUUUUCUGCAUUAACGCAAGCUUUCCUCUUUGUGAAUUAUACUUUACAGCAGUUGUUCACAUUGAGAUUUGCAGCAAGUCAUCUUGUGAAAUGGCAGAUCCAAAUUUAAAAAGGUUUUCCUUCUCCAGUUCUUUAACAUGAAUGUUUACUUCCCCCCCAUGUAUGUAUUGGACAAUAAGAAGCUUCUGCCUGACUCUGUGAUCAACAACAAUAAUUUGUCUUUGCAACAAUGUCUAGAAUCAAUAGGCAAAUGUGAGCCUGGCUCUGAUUUACUUGUUACUUGUUACUGUUGUUGACUGAUUUCUAGUGAAGGCUUCAUAUCAAUCACUGGUAUCAUAAACAACACACAUGUUCCGGAAUCCUGCUGACUCUUAGUAUUGAGACUGUUGUUCUUGUCUGUGUGUCCACUGCCUGGAACAUGUCUUGUGCUUGAGCUUAAAUUUCUAAAUUUCUUAAACCAUGGUAAAAACAUAUAAUAAGGGAUCCUACUAGAAAUGUACAAACAUAUAUUUGUCAAAAAUCACCUUGAAUAGGCCCAACACAAUAAUUAGACUGUUAAAUGUUGUUCAGGGAGUACGUCGUCAUGGAAUACAUGGUUGUAAGACAGCACUGAUGCAAUGCAGCUGAGUGUGUGACUUUGUGUUCUGUCUUGGCUCAUGCCAACAUUUCACUAACUCCAAUGCUGCUUCAUUACUACUUUUGUCUCUGAUUGGUUUUUGGGUGUUGUGUCGGCAUGUUACGUUUCUGUUAGUGAUUUGCUUUUCUCUGUUCUCUCUCGCACUUUUCUUCCUUCUGUGGUCCUGUCAUAGCCUCAUUCUUACCCGCACUCUCCAGUAUAUGGGAUGUUAUUGGCGAUCAAUGUCAUCAGUAAUGUGCUAAUGGCUUUGAGCUUGCUUUCCUGGCAUUAUGUUUGACUAACCUGUUCACCACAUGCUUUUCUCUUGGCACACAAAUCUCUUGCCUCUCUUGUUACGAUUCUUACUGCAGAAGUACCAAAUCCCUAUGUAUCUUUUUCCUGCCCUAUCCCCCGCUCUUUGAAAAAAAUGUCAGGAUUUAAUGAAAAACCUGUGCUGUCCUAUCAAAUGUAAUAAAAAUACUUUUCGAUUUAUAAACUAUAGAUAUAAUUAUAUAUAUAUAUUAUACACUAAUUUAUUAUAUUUAUUGUGUUAUUUCCUAUUCCACGGUACCAUAGCAACAAGGAUGUAAAACAUUCUGACACACUGUUUGCAGCUAUCUGCAAAAUUCAGGUAAAAAAAAAAACGUGACUGAAGGCUCGAUUACAGCAGGGGUUACGUAUUUUUGGUAACAGUUCACCUUUAACUCUCUUUAAUGGUCUUGGAAGGUAGAUGCUGACCCAUUUUUAAAAUGUAAUAUCUAUCCGUACUAAUCAGUUAACUAACAAAAUCAUCACAGGGACGACAUUGACUUUGAACUCCGAGAAAUUAGUUAGUGUGUGAUUUCAUACAUCGCUGUAAACUAAAUGUCUCUCUAUUAAUUUCGGCUUUCCACAUUUAGACAGUCGGCGGUAGACUGCCUGAGAUCCCUGAUCUAACGACAAGCUGUAAAGCUGCGCCUCUGCUCCGUUAGCAACUCCUGUUCAUGUGCAUAUAAGGCGUGUUAUAUCUUAGGUAUUCUCAGCUUACCGCGUCCAGGCACCGAACUUACCCUGAGAUGCUGCGUUAGUCUAGGCAGUCUGACAGGUUUAUAAAGGUGUACACCACUGCUGGAAUUUCUUUCUUGUCUGGUUGAUUUACUUCUUUCUUUAUUUUCUGCUCUUCCUAGGCGGAUAGCAAUCAGUAUGGCAUGGUAGGGUUGUUUGUUUAUUUCCAAGGCUGACAGAACAAGUUGCAGGAGCUGACUGUGCUUGUUUUUGCCACCGGCUUCUCUCGCGUUACAUAAGCAUCCUGCUUUGUGGGCUCACAGGACUGCAGCAGUCUACUCGUGUUGUGUAAGAAUCAAUGGCUCAGCGUUGAAAGCCCGCUAUCUCAGCUUUAUUAACUAAAUGAACUCAGGAGUGGGCUCGCUGCACAGUCGUACUCCUGUAUGUCAUUGCACUCUGCAGGACCUCCAGUGUAAUCCUACCAUUCUGUCCUCAAUGCCAGAAGAGGUUUUUUUUGAAUUUUGAAGUGAAAGCAUUGUCUCCCCUUUUAAGUUUUCACUGUAUUGACCUUGUUCUUAUUCUUCUUUUGUCCUUUUUGCCACUUUUAGGUAAGGUUUGUUGGACCCCCCCUCUGUAUGUCAGUAUGUGUGUGUGUGGGUGUGUGUUUUCUUUCUCCCAAUCUGCAGUUUACCUCAAUGUAACACCCCUUUAAAUAGUGUACCGUAGGCUAAUGGCCUCUGUGAGCUUCUUUCUUUUUGCUGCAUAAUCACUAAACCUUUAUUCUAAAUCUACUCAAAAGUGCAGUGUUGUCGUUCAAAACAACAAUCAGUAAAAAAAAAAAAAUCAUGGUAGCUUCAGGAAGCUGUGAUUCCAUUGGACACCCGAGAAGAAUCAUCUCCACGUUUUAGAUUUAUUUGUUUAUUUUUGUUUCCUCUUUGAGUUCAUGUGGCUGCUGUUGGGUAUCUGAUUGCCUGUAACCAUGUCUCGGACUUUGAAUGGCUUGCAGAGUAGACACGUUUUCUUCCCUCUGCUUGUUUGCCUGUUUUCUACCUCCAAACCUGUUACACUUGUGUGAAUGUGUGGUGUCGUCAAGUGGGGCUAAGAUGUAUGUAUAUUAAUACAUAUAUGUAUGUAUGUAUGUGUGUCUUUUGACCGGGCCUUAUAGUCAACUUACAGGGACAUCCUCACCACCCUUCUACACCCUGACUGUCUCUGUCCCCAUGGUUAUAUGCUUCCAUCCUCCCCCCCCCGCCUCUUUAUUUGCCCAUCCAGCACAGCAUGUUGUCCCAGAGGUGCACUCCUGCCUGUUUAAACUCACCUUGGGCUUUAAGCAGUGUUUGAGCCUCAUUUAACUCAGGAAACGGAUGUUUUCCUAUUAAUUUAAAGCAUACUUUAUACGCAGCAAGUAGCGUAGCAUCGCUGUCUUCUUUUACAAAAAAAAGUCAAUAGAGAGUCAUACUGGUCCAGAUAUUUUGAAUUUGACCAUUACUCACAAAACCCUCUGAACACAUUGGAUUUCAGAGAACCGUGGCAGCACCCAUUACUUUGGUUGACAGCGUUCCAUUUUUUAUUUAGCAUUGCACAACCCUCUCUUAAGCACUGUUUAAAGCCUUUCUGGCUUAACCUGUCAGGUACAUUUAAAAGUGUGUCACAUGCCUUCUUGUUCCAGGAUUAAGCUCAUCCCAAAAACAAAACCUGGUGGCUGUACGAUAAGGAAGCUAACUGGAGAAUUGCUAACUGGGCUGACAAGCAAUUGCAAGGCAAAAAAGCUCACUGGGGGGGGAAUGGUAGCUGACCCUACAGGCAUUUCAUUAUCCCAUUCAGAUUUUUUCAAAUAGAAACACAUGUUUUCUAACAUCAUUCUUUGCAAGAGUAGAGUUUUACCUUGGUUCACAUUGUUAAUGAAUAACAAAAAAUGAUAAAAUGAUGAUAUUCUUCAUCUUCACUUACCCAGUAUGUGCCCUUGAUAGGUUUAGGUCAGGGACAUUAGGAGACUUUCCAAGGGGUAUUAGUUUGAAUCUUAAGGGGUAAACUAAUGUUAUAUAAACACGAUUGUGCCAAUUUAGGGACAUGGGGACUGGGACCAACCUUUGGGAGAGAAUGGUGAGAGAAAAUCCCUGUAAGCACUUAGCCCUGAGUGGAGGGAUGAGGGGGCUGACACACUGAAGCCUCUCUGAGCCCCCCCCCCCCCCCCCAAAACCCCACCAUCAAACUCCUGACCCCAACCUCCCUUCUCUAUGUGCCUCAAUCUUCCUGCUUAACCAAUUGGUGUUUCUUUUUUACAGCGGUUUGAUCCUGCCCAUGUUGUGCUGAUGGUAAACUUAGUGGACGCACCGACCCUGUGCCUAUCAUCCUCAAAUAUGAUGUCAUGGGGAUGGGCCGGAUGGAGAUGGAGCUUGAUUAUGCAGAGGACGCCACAGAAAAGAGAAGAGUGCUGGAGGUGGAGAAGGAGGAUACAGAGGAACUGCGGCAAAAAUACAAGGACCAGAUGGAAAAGGAAAAGGCAAUUGCAAAAGCUCUGGAAGACCUGAGAGCCAACUUCUACUGUGAGCUCUGUGACAAACAGUACACCAAGCAUCAAGAAUUUGACAACCACAUUAAUUCUUACGACCACGCUCACAAACAGAGGCUUAAAGAGCUGAAGCAGAGAGAAUUUGCUCGAAAUGUUUCAUCGCGCUCACGGAAAGGCGGAAAGAAACAGGAAAAGAUGCUGCGCAGAUUACACGAGCUGGCAGAGCAGAGAAAGAAUCAGGAGUGUACUCCAGGAAGUGGGCCCAUGUUCAAAACAACCACAGUGGCAGUGGAUGGAGAGAAGGCAGAAGACAUGGACAGCAUGCCACCUGAACACCUUGCUCUCACCGAUGCCACACCGGAAGUACCAUUAAUAGACAAAACUGGACAAGCUUCCCCAAAGCCUGCCGCUGCUGUUAGCUUCUCUCUGGGAAAAAACAGCUCCUCGUCCCCGACCGCGAGCAGUGCGUCCAAAGUCAGUGUUUCCUUCUCUUUUGCUAAAAAAGCUCCAGUAAAGCAGCUGACAGCAGCUGCCGUGUUCGCCGAUCUCGGUGAGGAAGCCAUGGAAGAGGAGGAGAACCAGGAAGUAGAAAAGGUCGUAGGUCAAGAGGAGACGGCCCCUGUUGGAAUAGACAGUCCUAAGGGAGCGUUAGCGGUAGUAAGUGAAGAAGGAGAAGGCAGUAAAGAGGCAGGGACAGAGGAGGUCACGCAGUCUGAUGAUGGGGGAACUCUUGCGUCCACGCUUAACAAACUGAAGAUGAUGAUGAAAAAGGAGGAAGGAUAUGCAGGACAGGAGCCCCAGUACUAUCAUUAUGUACCGCCCGCUCACUGCAGGGUAAAACCACACUUCCAGUUUUUGCUGUUCAUGAAAGCCACUGACCAGUGUCCAAGCAAAGAAGAGGAAGAUGAGGAAGACGGGCCGGAGGAGAAGAAGGUCGACGACAGUCCUGAGCAUAUAGACACGACUGUUACAGACUCCAAGACCGAACAGGAACAACAAAUUGUCACUUCAACCCCCGACAUUGAAGAAACCACUCCUUCAUCACCCGAGGUAAAGAAAGAAGACGCAUCCUCAUGUGCAACAGACGCGGUUUCCACCACGGUACCCACUUCACCUGCAAAAAAGGCAGAGACUACAGAGGAUUCUGUCGAUUUCAACUCAGGCCCUAAAAUCCCCUCUGGUCCCUUCUUUGCAGUUCUCAGCAAAGAUGAGAGCACUACCCUACAGUGGCCCUCUGAGCUUCUUGAAUUCACGAAAGCUCAGCCUUCCUUGUCUUACAGCUGUAAUCCUCUCUACUUUGACUUCAAACUGUCUCGCAACAAAGGACGCGCUGGUAAAGCCACAAAGUCCCCAAAGCCUGAGGAAUGUGAUGACCAGGGUAAACAGGUAGCAACCUCCACCCCUGACGUUGAUACCAGUACCAAACCUAUCAACAGCACUGACAAAGAUAAGCUAACAGUCAAGGGGGAAGCCGUGCCGACAGAUGAUGAGCAAAAACCCACGACCAGCAGCAGUAGUACUAAGAAAAAAAAGAAAAAGAAGAAACAUAAGAAGUCCUCAAAGCACUCAAAACACAAAGGAAAAGAAAAGGUGACGGCAGAAGAUGGAGAAGGAGAAACCGACGCAAAUCACGAAAAACCCAAAAAGAAAAAAAAACACAAACGGAAAAAGAACAAAAACAAAGCUCCCGAUCCAGAUGAGGCGACAGGUGAAGGCAAAACAAAACCAAAGUCAGAAGACAAGGCUGUUUCAUCAUCCGAUCAACUGACCACAGGAAGUGGUGGAGCUUCAGGAAGUACAGAAUUGGAAAUGGGGAAGAGGAAACGGCCUAAUAAGGAAGUGCUUUCGAAGUCUGAGGCAGAUGAGGGAGGAGCCAGGAAAGGCAGCGAAAAGGUGAACGCCUCAGAGGAGCGAAGUGGCGCCAAACGACAAAAGACGGACUCUAGCGCAUCCCAAAGUGCCUCCUGUUCCACCUCAGCGCAGAAGAGCCAGGGUCCUGGUAGACCUCCGAGCAGUGAAAGUGAGGAAGAGAGAGGCUCCAACACUCAGCGCUCACGUCACCACAGGUCAAGUCCUCGAGAACAGCGCAGACACCGCAGCGAGGAAUCGAGGCGGUCUUGCAGCCGCUCAUCAGGACGAGGAGAAAGGCGCGGCAGCAGCCGUCGGCGCCACCGUGGCCAAACCUCCCGCAGCCGGUCAUACUCCAGUAGCUCAGAGCGCUCCUCAGCGGGCAGCAGUGCCUACAGCCACCGCAGCCGAAGCUACUCGGACAGCUACAGUGAUUAUAGCACAGCGAGCCGCAGGAGACGGCGUUCCAAACGCUCCUCUGAUUCAGAGUACGAGAGGAGAGGAAGCAGAGGACGGAGACAGUCCAGGAGACAUCAGUACUCCUCCUCCUCUUCGGACGACUCGCGCUCGCGUUCUCGCAGCUACAGUCGCAGGAAGAGGCACCGACGGCACCACCGAAGCAGCUCCAGGAGCUCGAGCAGCUGGAGCCGCAGCACCAGUGCGAGAUCUUGGCGGCGGAGCUACAGUCGAAGCCACAGCUCCGCGAGCCGCUCCUCCAGUUCAGCCAAAGGCUCGCCUCACAGGCGAACGGCCAGGAGUCGAGCAGACAGCGACACCCGUCGUAGAGACUUCAACCGCUCGCGGAUUUACCGCUCCCAGUCCCCUCGGUCCUCAAAGUCACGAAGCCUUAACCGAAGCAGCCACCCCUCGGGCUCUCAGACCCUGAGGCCAGGUUGCAACAGAGAUGCAGGAGAGCAUAAGAAUUCACUCACAGCACGUCAACUUCUGGAGAAGGUCCAGUCUAAAAAAAGCUCAGAGGAUUCUGUUACUGGAACAAAGUCUGGCUUCAAGAUUAAAGAUCCACCGCAAGGGUACUUUGGUCCCAAACUGCCCCCAACGUUGGGCACUAAAGGCAUGCUCCCCCUUUUCGGUAAGCUCCAGGCAGGGAAGAAACCAGUGAUUCCCUUAACCCGGCCUGAUGAAGGGGAUAAAUCAGGAGAUGGUAAGGGUUCUGAGGCUGAAAGAGAAGUUAUCCUGGUAGAGCCUAUAAGAGAGUUCCCACCUCCGCCACCACCUCCAGCACCUCCCGUUCAAAAGGUCGAGGAAUCCCCACAGACCACAGUGGUUCAGGAAGAGACGGAGCACCCGUCAACAGAAACCCAAGUGCAACAGGAGCCCAGACCACUGUUCGAACAGGAGCCUGCUAUGAUGAUCGCUCAGUACCAAGGAGAGCCAGGGCAGGAUCCUUCCCAGAACCCCAUGAUGGAGCCCCUUAUGCAAGAGAUGCAGCAGCAGCAGCCUCAGAUGCAUCCGUACCCGGCGUAUCCGCCGCCCAACAUGGAGGAGGAUGGUAUGGAGGCAGAGGAAGACGGACUGGCUCCCCUGGAGAGUCAGCCCAUUACGUUCACGCCCGAGGAGGUGGAGAAGUACAGCAAGCUGCAACAGGCCGCGCAGCAGCACAUCCAGCAGCAGCUUUUAGCCAAACAGGUGAAGACAUUUCCGUCUGCUGCGGCGGCGGCUGCCGCGGCUGCUGCGGCCGCCAACUUGACGCCGGUGGCGCCCCCGCAGGCCCUGCAGCAGAUCCACAUCCAGCAGCCAACCGUGUCCAUGGCGUCCGGCACAUCGAUCACUACGGUGCAGCACGCUAUUCUGCAGCACCACGCUGCCGCGGCCAUGGGCAUGCACCCGGCAGCUCAUCAUCACCACCACCCACACCCUGCACACGCCCAGUUGGCCCAGGUGCACCACAUUCCACAGCAUCACUUUACUCCCAUCUCUCUGUCUCCUCUCGGCCACUCCCUCGGUCCCUCUCUGGGACACUCGCUGGGACACGCAGGACUCAUUCCUGCCCACCACACAGCCUUUUUAUCUGGACAGCCUAUCCACAUCAUACCAGCUUCCGCCCUCCACCACACCCCUUUGGCACUGCACCACGUCCCCCAUGCAGCCCUGUACCCCACGCUCUUCACACCCCGGCCCUCGCAGGCUGCGGCAGCAGCAGCUCUGCAGCUCCACCCACUACUACACCCCAUCUUUUCAGGACAGGACCUUCAGCACCCACCUAACCAUGGCUCUUGAGUUCUAAUGCAGUGUUCGUCACAGCCUUAGUUGAAGAGACUUCACCAAAACGGACUAGUUUUGGGGUUUUAGACGAUGGCUUUGAUACAUCAGAGUCCUUGAGACAGGUAGUUUGUUAAACCACCACUUAAUAGGCCUUACACAGUUUUUCAGCCAUAAAGUGGUGCGGCCUGUGGUGGCUUUAAGGUUGACACUGGGAUAUCUACCAUGGUCUUUCCUAUAUUUUUUAACCCAUAAGAUCAAUUUAAAGACAGAGGAGCUCCUAGACUUUUCGUCCCUUCACCUCUGAAUCUCUCAUUUACACUUUUUGGUAGCUGCUGAAACAAUACGGCUAGAGCCUAAAGCUGAAUCCUUUCAGUAGAGGGGAAGUUGGUGGUGACGGUGUUACUGUGUGUUACUUUGGACUUUUCAACUCUUAGAUAUAGGCCGUGUUUUUAAAACUGAUGCUUUUCUGUUCUUCUGACUUAACUUCGCUGUUUAUUGGAUUGGUGUUUCGGCAAGACCUUUUGUAACUGUACAUAUGUGUGUGUAAUGUGAAGAGUAGUUAUGAUCGCGUAAAAUUACAGCUACGUCCCAAUCAACACAAAGAGUUUCACCUAGGGGGCUCCCUCUGUCGCCAGUUAGAAUAGACGGUUUUUAUUCCUGAUGUUCUGAGGCAGAGCUUGCAUUCUCUUCGGUGAGGGUACACCUGAAUGAAUUGCACUGAAUUCUGUAUAUCAAGUUGAUGCUUUUGCAUCAUGUAACAAUAAGAUUGUAGUAUACUGCAAUAACUGUUUGUUUUUUUUUCUUUUGUUUGUUUUAAAUUAUUUUCCAAACCGUUCUUCAGGAGCUUUUUUUUCCCUUUUGUGUAAUUUUGUAAAUAAAGCUGCUGUAGAAUGACAUAUUUACAUUGUAAAAAUUUCAGGUUAAAAAAAAAAAAUAGUCGAAUGAAAAAUAAAUAUGGUGACCGGUAAAAAAAUAACAAACAAAAAAACAAGCCUGACUGACCGCUUUUUCUAACGGUUAGGUCGGUUUCGUUGGUUCAAACUCACAGGUGGAAAAGAUUGUAUUUGGCCUCCGUGUGCUGACCUGAGAGUCAUCAUAAGGAACAGUAGAGUCGAGGUGUGAAUGGAGGUUGUCGGAAAUGCUUGUGUGCAUCCUGGUGUCUGUUUGUUUUGGUUUGUGUAUGAGAGUUUUCUAGGAAGAUGACUCCGAACCUUACUGUAUGUAGUUUAAUUUGUUUUUGCGGUUUCUGUUCUCAUACCAUUGCUUAUGAACUGAGCAAUGGUACCGGAAAAUGUGGUUGAGAGAAUGGACUGUCCAGAGUGACUGUCCAGGUUUGGUUUCAUGGUGAUAGUGCUGUAAAAAGAACCUUAACACUAUGGGAAAAUCAGAAAAGCCAGAGAUGUAUUUUAGGGAUUCCAUCAGAGUUCCUGUUAAACUAUAUUAACUAAACCUGACAAGUGACUGGAGGAAGAAAGCAACUCCACCACUAUCGAUUUGUGAGUUGAAUGGUAAUAAAAUUAAAAAUGAUUUUCUUGAAAGUCUCUGUGGCUCACAGUUCUCAGGCAGCUAUGUAUUUAUGCGAGUUGUUUAAAUGAUUGUCAUUUGUCUGCUGAAAGAGUUGAGGGAUAGUGGCCACAUGGUGAACAAAUGCUGUGGGCUCACAGGAAGAAGUUAAUUGAUCUAAUCCCCAGUGGCAACUAAUGGUCUUUCAGUAUGUUUGUUUGCUUGUUCUUCAUCUGUGCGUGUGGUUGGUGUGUUGGGUUUUUUCAGAUAUUUCUACUUCCUCCCAAAUUUCAAAAACAUGCGUUAUUAAAUUAAUUCUAAACCACAGAUACAAAUGUAAGUUUGAAUGUUCGUACCCAGCCCUCUGCAGGUGAAUGCUGGGAAUGUUGGCUCCAGUGCAAAGGGAUUGGUACUAAUUCCAUUAGCAUAGCCGGUAGCAUUUUUAAGAACAACAAUCCUUAAAAUUAAAACAAAAAUAACAACUGGAACAAAAAUAUUUUUAUGUAGUCGGUUUCUUAGUUUGCCAUGCUAACACUCUCUACCACUAUAAUUUUGUUAUUUUUUAUAAAUUAUAUAUAUUUCUGCGUUCUGUCACUUUACAAACAUGUCUAUUGUUCAUCAUAAGUUAUAGAGAUUAUCUACUCUGCAAUUAAUCAAACUCCUAUUUGGCAAAUAUCAAUGUUGAAGAGCAUAACGCCUUCUUCUUCGUAUAAUGUAGUGCUCAAACUUUCUGCAACGCUCCCUAUGGUAGAGACGAUUAUUGUCAAAGCCCUCUUGUCUUCCACUUAAGCAUAUUCACAGCCAUUGCUUUAAAAAAAAAAAAAUCCACCGAAC